AUGAAGAUAUCCCCCCUCCACCGGGCCCUCCUAGGGCUCCUCGGCCUCCUAUCCCCAGCAAAAGGCGCCCUCCACACCCCCCUCACCGUCUCGAACCGCUGGAUCCUCGACUCCACCGACACCCCCGUGACAUUCGCCGGCGUCAACUGGCCCGGCGCCGGCGAGGCCAUGAUCCCAGAGGGUCUCCAAUACGCCUCGAUCCACUCCACCCUGGCCAAGAUCAAGUCGAUCGGCAUGAACACGAUCCGGCUCACGUUCCCCACGCAGCUGGUCGACGAGAUCUACGCCAAGGCCGCCGACACAAGCAUCCACGACUCCCUAAUCACAGCUCUAGGCUCAACCAACGGCACCAGGGUAUUCGGCCAGAUCGUCGCGCAUAACCCGGGCAUCACGACCGCCACAACCCGCCUGCAAGCCUACGACCUCGUCGCCGCCGCCGCCGCCGAAAUGGACAUCUACGUGCAUCUCGACAACCACAUCUCCCGCGCAAUGUGGUGCUGCAACGCCGAUGACGGGAAUACCUGGUUCGGCGAUGCUGAUUUCAAUGUAUCCAACUGGAAGCGCGGGCUUGCGUUCAUGGCUGCGCACGCCGCGUCCUGGGAGACGUUUACAUCGAUCGGACUUCGGAAUGAGCUUCGUCAGCCGCCGCGUGAGAUCGCGGGGUAUCCGUAUACGUGGGAGACGUGGUACAGCCAUAUGACCGAUGCAGCGGAUAUAGUCCACGCGGCGAACAGCGACGCACUGAUCUUUCUGUCCGGGCUGAACUACGACACGACGCUUGCGCCGAUUCCAACGGGCGCAGACCUUGGGAAUGGGACGCGCUUUGACCUGCGCGACUUCGAGUACAAGGAUAAGCUUGUCCUGGAGCUGCACACAUACGACACGAGCACGUCCAGCUGUGCGGAUCUGUCCGGCGCGCUUUGGAACGGCGGGUUCAAGGCGCUUAGUCGCGAUGACAGCAGUAUCGUCAAUGUGAUGCCGGUUGUGCUGACGGAGUUCGGGUUCGCGCAGGAUGAGACGACGUGGGAGAGUGUGUACACUUCCUGUUUGCGGAGCUGGAUUCCCGAGCAAGAGGCGGGCUGGAUGGUGUGGACGAUUAGUGGGAGUUAUUAUCUGCGGCAGGGGGUGCAGGAUAGUGAUGAUACGUGGGGGAUUCUGGAUCAUACGUGGUCCGGGUGGAGGAAUGAGGAGGCGGUUCAGGAGGGGUUGAGGGUUAUGGUUGAGGCGUCGCUUGGGGUUUGA